ACGCUGUCGGUCUUGACUCAGGUUAAGUCAGCUUGUCUGCAUUCCUUUUCUCUCCCUACAGCCUGGCCGAUAGAGACAGAAAGAAAAGAGAGAAGAGGAAGAGGAGGGGGGGAAGAAAACACACAUUAUUAUUCACAACCGUAUAGGAUUUUAUGAAGCACGGAAUCGACUCAUACCGGAUACAUCAGGCCACGAAGCAUAAGCAUAACCCCCCCUCCGGUUCAGACGGCUCCUUCAGGACUACAAAACAGAAAGAAGACAUAGAUUUGUAUUUUUUAGUGACGGGACCUUUCCUUCGUGUAUUUGUGCGUAGCAGCUUCGUUGAGACAGCCUACAACCUUUUCUCGGCGGAUAUUUUCUCUCUUUUUUUUUUUCCUUUUCGUUUUUUUUUUUUUUUUUUAAAUGAGGUUUUGCAAGAUGGCUGAUGACAGCUAGCCCCAACAAGGACAGAAAACCGCGACGUCCCCUUUAAGAACAGGAGGGUAUAUUUUUGUAUUUUUAUUAGCUAAAUAUAAAAAAAUAUGGCUGCCUCAAAAAAGCUAUGAGUGUAGCUCUACUGAAAGGAGUCUAUCCGGUGUUUGUGUGUACCUGUGCUACGGUAGAAAAUGGUGAGGUGACGUCUGAGGUAAUUUAGGCGAUUUAAUCGAGAUAAGGAAGUGGGACGAAUAUGUUGUUAGCUAAAGGCUGAGGCAUCGAUAGGCUAAUAAGAUUUGAGACCAAAGUACAAAACAAACGGUACAUUUGGGGGAGGGAAUGGUGGUAAUAAUCAUUGUUUAAAGGAGACAUUUGAUAGAUGUGUCAAAGCGAGAGAGAGAGAGGAGAGGAGGGGGGAAGCAAACGGCUCUGCAACGACAGCCAACAUUCCUGCGGAUCCUAAAAGCCUUUGUUUUGUGCGCAGGAGCUGGACUGGACCAUUAAAACGAUUAACUAUGCAGUAAACAGCCUCGACAUGAUGGCCUGGGUGUAAUUUUCAGAAGAGUUGGAUUAUAAGGCCUUUUGUUGUGAGAGAGAAAAUUGGAUAAAGCAGAAAGCAGAGGCCUUGUGUACAUAUAUAUUCUUCAAAACAGAAAUAUUGCUUUGUGUGUGUGUGUGUGUGUGUGUGUAUGAUUAAAAAGACAGGAGGUUGUGCUUGGGUUUUUUUCCCCCCCUCUCAUCUCAGCAAUACGACGGGUUUUUCUCAGCCUGCGGCCAAACGAUCGCAGGUUGUGUGUGAUUAGAUUGCUGCUGGAUGCUUAUUUAUAAUUCAGCGGACAAAAGCAUUGCGCUGCGUACUCAUUAUUGAGGGAAUCAGGCGUCCUUGAGGCUCCUAUGGAAUACAGUCACAUUUUUCAGAGGCGUUUCUCUGUGUGAAUAGAGAAUAGGAACCAGGGUGUGGACCUGAACAGCCCUUUUUUCAUUCUGAAUUGGUUGCUAUAGUCGUCCAUAAUCCGUCGUUAGGUUAGGGGGAAGGCCUGGAGUGGCAGCAGGAAGAAAGAUCAAGAUCCCUGUCAUGUGUCACAUGGAGAUGCAUGCCUCUGGGUGAUGGUACGCUGUUCUCUGUGCCUUGGUUUUACCUGUAGCGGACGGGGUUUGGUUCUGUUCUGUGAGCACACACUGAAUCACUGAAGGCAGGUCUGGUGGUUCCGAGUGUGACUUGGAGGAAAGGAAAGCACUGCUUCCUGUAAUCUGAACAGCGUCACCCUGUCUGUUUUAUGUGUUGAAAUCCACCUAGGUAUUUCGCCUGAAGCCUCCUUUAGCUCAGUUUUCCGGGAAUUUGGCUUCAUGCUGCAUUACUAAGCAAUACUCGUCAUCUGUCAGGGAGGGUGUGCAUACAAAUAUUGAUCUUUCUGGACUCGGUUUUUGAGAGUGUCGGGUUUCCUUUGAGAGAGAGACGCACAAAGCGGCCUAAAAAAGGUCUGAUUUGUAUGCCUGCCUGCACCACCAUGGCCUCUGACAUGGCUGAGACGUGGAGGAACUGUUUUGAGGAGGAGCUCAUCUGCCCUAUCUGCCUGCACGUGUUCUCUGAUCCCAUCCAGCUGCCCUGCAAGCACAACUUCUGCCGGGGCUGCAUCAGCGAGGCCUGGGCCAAAGACUCCUCGCUGGCUCGCUGCCCCGAGUGCAAUCAUGCCUACACGCAGAAGCCCAGUCUGGAGAAGAACCACAAACUGUCCAACAUAGUGGAGAAGUACAACGCCCUGAGCGUGGAGAAGGCCAGUACGCCGACGCUGCAGUGCAUCCUGUGCCGCCGAGGCCCGCCGCUCCCUGCGGUCAAGGUGUGCCUGCGCUGCAAUGCCCCGUGCUGCCAGUCCCACAUCCAGACGCACCUGCAGCAGCCGUGCUCGGCCCUGGGGCACCUGCUGGUGGAGGCGGAGGCCAUCAAGGCCUGGACCUGCCCGCAGCACGACGAAUACCGGCUGUACCACUGCGAGGCCGAGCAGACGGCGGUGUGCCAGUACUGCUGCUUCGCCCGGUGCCACCCCAGCCACGGCCACGCCGUCACCGACGUGGAGCUGCGGCGCAACGACAUCAGACAAAACCUGCUGAGACAGCAGGAGCGCGUGGAGGAGCGAGUGCAGGAGAUAGAAGAGCAGCUCUGCAAACUUGACUCUGACAAGUGUACAGUGGAGGACAGAGUGUGUGAGCUGAAAGAGGAGGUACGCCUGCAGUACCAGCGCAUGCAUCAGCUCCUGGAGGAGGACCUCGGCCGCACGCUGGAGGCCCUGGACCGGGCUCAGGCUCGCUUCUUCCAGGAGAACGCGGCGCAGAUUCUGGCCCUGGGGGAGCAGCGGCACGAGGCCCAGAAGCUGCUGAGCUCCAUCCACACGGCCUUCAGCAAGGCGGAGGAGCUGAGCUUCAUGAAGAACACAAAACCCGUUAAAAUCCUCACAGACAGGUCUCAGGCCUGCGUGGGAAGCAGCCUCCCUCCUUACAAAGUGGGGAAUCUGAACUCUAAGCUGUUUCUUUCUGAGAUCUCAAAGCGAGAGAAGAGCUUGAAGCGAACGCUUGAGGUUCCUCUCACCCCGCCGUCGGCGUUCCUGCAGACCGUCGCCGCUUUCCCCAGUGGCCAGAGCUCCGGCUCCGGGGCGGAGAAACGAAAACAUUCCACCGCCUUCCCGGAGGGAAACAGCAGCACGGGGAAAAACGCCACUCCGGGUUUCAAAGACUCAUCCUCAUCUUCCUCCUCUUCUUCCUCUUCGUCGUUACCCAAGCAGCCCUACCUGGGGUCCAGCUCCGCCUCCGGAGAGGGCCAGUCCGCCAACCAGCAGACUCUGGGCCCCUGUGCGCCGCCCCACAUUGGUGAGGGCGGCGGCGCCGGAAGCGGGAGCGGCUCCCUGACCAACCAUCACUCCGGCUCCGUGUUCGGCUCCUCCCACUUCCCGCCGGGGGGCAGCGGCUCCUCCCACUCCUCCCAGCAGGCCGUGCUGCCGCAGUACGGCGGCAGGAAGAUCCUGGUCUGCACCAUGGAUAACUGCUACUGCUCCGGAGUGCCGUCGGUGUCAGGCCACCGCAGCCACCCUCCCUACCCGCGCUCAGGCUCCUUCCCUUGGGUGAGCCCCCAAGACUACCCGCCCCCUCCCGGCCUGGCCUCUGGAGGGCCAUCCAUGCAGGGGCUGGCGGUGAGGGACUGGAUAGACGCCUCACAGACGCACAGACAUGCUGAUUUCUACGGGCUGUACGGGCAACCGUCCACCAAGCACUACGUCACCAGUUAACGCAGCGGUUAUGCUCUUAAAAUAGAGACGGGCACCAAAAUAGCACACACCUUUACAGAUUUAUAAAUCUGAAAACAACACAUAGUGGCCGAGCUCACGAACACUGCAAAAACAAAUUCCGACCAAGUAUUUUUCUCUGGUUUCUAGUGCAAAUAUUUUAGUAAAGUUGAAAUAAAACAAAACUAACUUGCAAAUAUCUUUUCAGGAAGAUAUAGGAAUUUGUUUUAAGUUUGUUCCUUUAAUGUUAAUGAAAAAUUAGUAAUACCACCAAUAGAUUAUUUCUACUAUUACAUGGAGAAAAUGUCUUGUUAUAAGUGAAAUAAUCUGCCAAGUACAUUUUCAACAAUAUUAAAGGAAUUAUUGACUUAAAAACAGGGGUGUCCUAACCUUUUACCACAUGAACCAAAGGAAGAAAAAAUUGGGGAUUUCUUUAAUAAAAAAGGGAUGUUAUUCAUUUUAGAUCCAAAAAUUAAAAAGAAUUUUGCACACUUACUGUGUUAAGAGGCAUCUUGUUUAAAAUUUUUAAACUUUUUGGGCUCGCUACAUAAAAUUUAUUUUCAGUACAAGGAUAAAUUUGAGGCUAAAGAGUUGCUUUCUUUCGAAACGUUUGCUACAAAUCAGAAAUUUUUAAUAGAAACUAGACCAAAAAUAUUUGGUAAGAGUUUGUUUUUGCAGUGAAUGAAAUUGUGUUUGCAUCUGCACACACAUAUAGAAGACACACACACACACACACACAUUCGGGGGCAGGGUUGAUCUGUUUUAAUGUUCCUUUAAUUUUAUCCAGUGUUUCAUGUAGAUAAAACACAAACUCUGCUCAUUUUGGCACAACUCGGCUCUGCGUUUUUACACAGGGAAAAAAAACAAAAAAAACUUUAUCUGGAGACAAGAGGGUGAUGUUAAUCUUUUUAUUUAUAGAAUAGGAAUCAAAUUGAUAGAAAAUGAACUGUUAUUAGAAAUAAUGUUUUCAUUCUUCUACACAAUUCUUCACCGAGGCUAAAGGGAAAAGGAGAUAACAGGCUUCUGGUUUCAGCUCGUGUUUCUCUUGAUAUAAUCACCCCUGCAGUUAUGCUGAGGCCCAGCUGCCUUAUGAUGUUCAUAUAUUAUUUUUGUCCACAAGCUGACUUUGUUUGAUUCUUUUUAAAAAGAGGAGAAGAUGGCCGCCACUUCUUCCCGCUCUCUCUGUCUCUUUUUGAUUUUUAUCAACUCUGCACUUCUUCUUCCUUUUCAUUUGCUAAGUUCAGGGAUGCGUCGCACAGCUUGAACGCAAAACGCUCUUCCAUGGAACACCCACAAUGCACUUGUGGACGCCUUCCUGCUACUGGAGAGGGGGGGAGGGGCCUACAGAGCUGCGUCUUUGGGGCACCAGCAGCCCCCUAAUUCCUUAAACUCCCUUCCUGCUGCCACAAGAGGGCAAACAAAAACCUACGAAGACUUUUUCCCCCUUUCUUUGUGAUUACUAUGGCUUUGUGUUAUUUGGUACAUCUGUAGGAAUCAUGUAGAGACAGAAACUGGACAAACCAAACCAAUCAUGCAUCUGGAUGAUCUGACGAUGCUGUAAUUGUACUUCCUGCAGGGCAAAGAUGUCACUUCCUCUAAAAAAAAAAAAAAAAAAAAACAAGCACAUGAGCUCUUGGCUUCCUGUUUGCAGCUGAAAGCAUGCAAGGAAGAAUUUCUUUCUGUUUUUUAAGCACUCAAACGCAGAACAAUGGGGAAGGCGGGGACUGUAUGCUGUUUUAAAUGACUGUAUGAAAGAAACAAACAGCGGGAGGAAGUUUUUCAUGAACUUUUUCUAAAAGAACAAAGAUGAGAGAUGUAAGCAAUGAUUCAUCAUCCUAUAAAGGAGUUGUUACAACAGCUAACAUUAUAGCGGCGGGGGGGGGAAAGUAUCGUUUUUUGUAAAUAUUUUGUGAAAUGGGAAGUGAAAAAAAAAGAGGAAAAAAAAAAGAAAAGUUGCCGACGUGAUUUGGAGAUGGGUUCCAAAUAAACGAAUAAUUUAA